CAAGACACGACUGCGUCGAUCACCCGCACAAUGCUUCUUCGCUACACUGUUCUCUUGUGAUCUCAACCAUCUAUCCUACUAUUUUUAAGCGGUUGAACAACAAACCGGCUGCCAUGCUGCUCACGGUUGUCUACACCAGCUUCGUUGACCUCGCUCAGGAAGCCAAAGCGCUGGGUUUCGUCCUCUCCGAGUUUCUCUCGAACCACACAACCUUGGCCGCCACCCUCAGCAGUCUGGCAGCUACCUACCUCUUCUUGUUCGCAGUUCUCCAUCUGACACAGAAUGAGAAAGAACCGCCACUGGUCGCAACAGCGGUGCCGUUCCUCAGUCCCGUGAUUGGGAUGGUGAAAUUGAGCAUGGAUUUCUACACCCAUAUGAGAAACAAGCACCAUGACCUUCCCAUCUACACCUUGCGUCUCCCAGGUACUCGCCUUUACAUCGUCAACUCUCUCAACCUUAUUCUCAGUGUCCAACGCCAAUGGCGCACCUUUAUCUUCCCUCCAGUAUCGGCUCGCGCUUCAGAAGUCGCUAUGGGUGUAAGCAAAGAUGCUCUGGCAAUCAUCCGCGAGGAUAUGAUCGCCGACACGGGGUUCUUUCACACCUUCAUUAAAGCCACCCACCCAUUUCUGUCGAGCGGCCCCGCGCUUGAUCGGCUCAGUGGUGAUGCCAUGACGGUUCUUACCGCAUCGCUGGACAAUAUCGUAGACCGAGGUUCCAAAAGGGCCAGGAUGUUUGAGUGGAUUCGCCAUGAGUUCCUCAUGGCCACGACGGAUAGUGUUUAUGGUCCACAUAACCCGCUGCGCGACCCAGCAAACGAAGAAGCCUGGCAUAACUACCACCCAACAAUCAUGUUUCUCAUGUUGGACCUGCUGCCUCACUGGGCCUUCCAUAGCGCAAUCAAAUCUCGCAACCAACUCGCCAAAGCUUUCCAAAACUAUCACAUCAACCGCCAAUACACCGAAGGCUCAGAUUACAUCCGGCGGUGGACCGAGCACUUUGUCAGCUGGGACAUCUCCGCUAGCGACAUCGGUUGCUUCCACAACGCCGCAAUGUUUGCCCUCGUCGCCAAUACAAUUCCCACCGCGUUUUGGAUGAUCUACCACGUCUUUUCGGAUCCCACCGUAACCGAAGACUGUAGGAAAGAAGUCCUCAAAGCGGUUUCGAUCAAUGAAGAGAACGGCGAGGAGAUGUGCACCGUCCGGGCAAGAACCAUCAAGGAGCACUGCCCUACGCUACUGUCAACUUUCCAAGAGGUCUUUCGCUUUCACGGCAUGGCGAAUUCGGUUCGAAUCGCCAGUGAAGAUCACAUGCUAGAUGGGAAGUACCUCAUCAAAAAGGGCAGCAUGGUCAUGAUGCCUGCCAGAGUGCAACAUCACUCCAAAGAGGUCUGGGGCGAGGACGUCGAGGUUUUUAAUGCUCGACGGUUCAUUCGGAACCCGGGGGAACCGAGGCUGCAUCCGGUUGCGUUCCGUGGGUUCGGUGGCGGGACGACGUUAUGUCCGGGGAGACAUUUUGCCACGACGAAGAUUUUGUUGUUUACAGCGAUGGUGUUGCUGAGGUUUGAUGUGCUUCCAUGCGGUGGUGAGGGCGAGUGGAUUAUGCCGGCAACGAAGAAUUCUUCGCAGGCGGAGGCAAUGGAGCAGCCGGACUGUGACAUCGAUAUUGAGCUGAGGCCAAGGCCAGGUGCAGAGAGGAAUUGGAGGGUUUCAUUUGAGGGGGCAGGAGAAGCGGCCUUUGUGGCUGAGGAUUUGUAAAGAGAAAGA